CAGGGUCUGUGUUCGCACCGUAGUGAUUUCGUAACCCGUUCCGCUGACCGGAGCUUCGAGGUGAGAGUAGUUCUUCCGUCUCCGAAUGCGGGGGUAAUGAAAGCUUAACGCGGCGAGUCCGGGUUAAUGGGACUCAUAAAUGGACACGCACGAGUAAAAAUAAGCGUUCCCCGCCUGAAAAUUGCUAAUGACGGCUUUGUAAAAAAAAAAAAAAAUGAAAAAAGAGAACAAAGAAUGUAGAAUGCGGGGCAGAAAGCCAACUUUGUUGCGUAACAAGCCGCACCAGGUCAACAAUUUCAACUCCAUAUUCUCACCCAUUCUUAAGGCCGAAUUCUAGCGUAUAUAAGGUGGGUAGACCGGGCACCGGUACCACAACCUACCAGUGAAAAGUCUGAUAAGCCUCGCUCUUCUCAUUUCAACAGACCGCAAUGCAUCUUUACUGGGUACUUUUGGCGGCCGCCCUGGCUACUGGAGUAGCAGCUGGCGGCUACGGUCACGCAUCCCUUUCUUAUAUCUCGAAACCAGUAGUCAGCGUUGGCUAUGUAUCCAAGCCAAUUGUGACGUAUGUCAAGCAGCCGGUGGCCACGGUAUCCCACGUAGUCAAGCCUGUACUCACUGUCAGUCACGGCUAUGGAGGUGGCUAUGGAGGCGGGUACGGAGGCGGCUACGGAGGAGGAUAUGGUGGCGGAUACGGUGGCGGAUACGGUGGCGGACACGGAUACUGGCGCUAGCCUCUGGGCAGGCUUUCACCAAAAAGGGUGCCAUUCUAUUUUCACCCGACGCCCGAACGCCAGCGAGAAUUUUCACUGCUUUCAUGAUUGUUGCUUUCUCUUGUGCGAAUGAAUAAACCAGUACGCAUCUGCA